AUGGGGGCUGCACCCUCCUACAGGAUCUUCGAAACGUUCUCCAGUGGAUCCACACAAUGGGUCCUCGCAGAAAAAUUCGGCGUGCGGGAUGUCGUGAAGGUGCUGGACGACUUCCUCUUCGUGAGUUCUACCUACGACAAGUGCGUGCAGAGCCUGUGGGUGUUCAUUGCCCUCUGUGAGCGCCUGGGCGUUCCCUUGGCCCCCCACAAAACCGAGGGCCCCUGCCUCACUUUCCUUGGACUCGAAAUUUACGCCCGACGGAUGGAGACAAGGCCACCGGAGGACAAGAGGAUGAAGUACAUGGCUGCUGUGGAAGACGCCCUAGGGGCCGAGUCUCCCGCUGAGGGACCUGCAGGGAUCAUCGGCAAACUACAAUUCGCCACGACGGUCAUACCGGGAGGCCGGGCCUUCCUCCGACACCUUCACCCACUCACACGAGGUGUACAACGUCCCUCGCGCCCCUGCCUGCUGGAUGCGAAGGCGAAGUGCAACCUGGGCGCCUGGAGCACUUUCCUCAGCGCGUUUAAUGGAGUGACAGUUUUUCCCCCCUGA